AAAACUCAUUCAGAUUCCUCAGAGGUGUCUAGCGCUGAUCACUGUCCAGAGACAGAACACUGGACUAAAGGGACUGUAGGUGUGACCCACAGCCACAGUUCUCAGAGGUGAGGGGUCUGACUGAGUCGUGCCUGCACGGAUUCCUAUGCAGUACAAAGCACUUGCUGCAUGUUGCAUCGUCAGAAGAGGAGUCUCAGGGAUUGACACGCUCGGACUUCACUGAAUCAGGCUGCAUCUGACAAACAAUCUUGUCUACAUUUUGGUUUGCUAGAGAUCAACUGGGAUUUUUCUGAUUCUAUCUUCUUUCGAAAAAAGGAUGCAUGGAAUAGAAAGAAGGUCUAAGUGCCUGUCUGAGACUAUUUUACAAAACCUGGGAUAAAUGCUGCUUCUCAAAGGUACUGUUGCGUGAUUUACAAUGGAAAAAUUGCUCUGCGGCAUCCUGGUGUUUGGAAUGGCUGUCACAGUCAACGCUUGUCCCAAAUAUUGUGUCUGUCAGAACCUGUCUGAGUCACUGGGGACUUUGUGUCCCUCCAAGGGUCUCCUUUUUGUACCGCUGGACAUAGAUCGAAGGACUGUUGAACUCCGUCUUGGGGGCAACUUCAUUAUCAAUAUCAGCCGACAAGAUUUUGCCAAUAUGUCUGGACUUGUUGACCUUACUUUGUCCAGAAACACCAUUAGUUACAUACAGCCCUACUCUUUCACCGACUUGGAGAGCCUUCGGUCUUUACAUCUGGACAGCAACAGGUUGCCUGAGAUUGAAGAGGAUACUUUAAGAGGUUUAAUUAACCUUCAGCAUUUGAUUUUAAACAACAACCAGCUAAGCAGCAUUUCUGAUGACGCCUUUGAGGAUUUUUUACUGACAUUGGAAGACUUAGACCUGUCCUACAAUAACCUCCGAAGCAUUCCCUGGGAAUCUAUAAGAAAGAUGAUAAACUUGCACCAGCUCAGUUUAGAUCACAACCUAAUAGAUUAUAUAACAGAGGGGACAUUUGCAGAUCUUCAGAAAUUGGCCAGAUUGGAUCUAACAUCCAACAGACUUCAGAAGCUCCCCCCUGACCCUAUAUUUGCCAGAUCACAAGUAAUUCCUUUGGUUGUUACCCCAUUUUCGCCACCUCUGUCCCUCAGCUUUGGGGGAAAUCCACUGCAUUGCAACUGUGAGCUGCUGUGGUUAAGGCGGCUUGACAGAGACGACGAUAUGGAAACCUGUGCUUCUCCUCCAAGUCUGAAGGGAAGGUACUUCUGGUACGUACGGGAGGAGGAAUUUGUCUGUGAGCCCCCUCUUAUUACACAACAUACUCACAAGCUGCUGGUCUUGGAAGGGCAAACUGCCACGCUGAAGUGUAAAGCCAUUGGGGAUCCCACUCCCAUCAUUCACUGGGUGGCCCCUGAUGACCGUCUCAUUGGAAACUCCUCCAGAACGGCUGUCUACGACAAUGGCACCCUAGAUAUACACAUCACCACCUCCAAGGACUACGGAACUUUCACAUGCAUAGCAGCCAAUGCUGCAGGAGAGUCGACUGCAACAAUUGAACUCUCAAUUGUCCAGCUCCCCCAUCUCAGCAACGGCACAGGCAAAGCAGCUCCACCGAAAUCCAGGCUCUCGGACAUCACCAGCUCCACCAAGUCCAAUCGUGGUGAAACAAAAGGUCCCCCAGAAAGGGCUGUCCUGGUGUCAGAUGUGACCACUACCUCAGCUUUGGUCAAGUGGACAGUCAGCAAGUCGGCCCCUCGGGUAAAAAUGUAUCAGCUGCAGUAUAACUGCUCGGAUGAUGAAGUCCUGAUCUACAGGAUGAUACCAGCUACAAACAAGGCCUUUGUUGUAACCAACCUUGUUUCUGGAACAGGCUAUGACCUCUGUGUCCUGGCAAUGUGGGAUGACACGGCCACAACCCUUACUGCCACCAAUAUUGUGGGAUGUGCCCAGUUCUUCACCAAAGAAGACUACCCUCAGUGCCAGUCGAUGCACAGUCAGUUCCUGGGUGGGACCAUGAUUCUGAUCAUUGGAGGCAUCAUUGUGGUGACCCUGUUGGUGUUCAUUGUAAUUCUCAUGGUCCGCUACAAGGUCUGCAACAAUUCCCAGGGCAAGAUGUCUAAUGUCAGCAACGUCUACUCACAGACAAAUGGAGCACAACCAGUUCAGAAUGGAGUCUUGCCCCAGGUCAAUCCCAAAGUGGUGGUGAGAAAUGAACUCAUGGAGUUUAACUGCCAGUCUGCGCGGAGCAGCAUCUCCUCUUCCUCCAGCUCCGCAAAUAGCCGUGACUGUGACAACUACAGCCUCCAAAGUGAACAGGGCACAUUGUCCAGUAAAUGGAGGCCUCCUUCCCGGUCAAAGCACAAUAUUGACCGGCUAAUGGGAGCUUUUGCCUCCCUGGAACUGAAGUGUCAGAAAAAAGAGGAAGUGACAGACUCCAGAACUUCCACGGUGGCCCGCCACUCGGACAAAGAGCCAUUGCUGGGCCAGUCAGAGUCCAAAUUCCGCAGCUUCCUCAUGUUGCCUCUGGAGGGCAAAACUAAACGUAGCCAUUCUUUUGACAUGGGGGACUUUGCCACAUCUCAGUGUUGCACCUACCCAAAAAAGAUAACAAAUAUUUGGACAAAGAGGAGCCUCUCGGUCAACGGCAUGCUGUUGCAGUAUGAUGACAAUGACCUAACAGGGGCCAAAGGGACUUUCGGGAGCUCAGAGUGGGUGAUGGAAAGCACGGUGUAAAUAUCAGUGUCUCCCCCCUUCUCUUCGCCCCUCAUGUGUUAUAAAGCGUGGUUUGCUUCAGGGCCAUGCAACUGGAAAGAGAGGGGAGGAAAUAUUUUCUGUUGUACUGGCCAAAAAGAUAGGCAAGCAAGUUACAGGAAUAGUAAAAGAGAAAGAGGGUCAUGGAAUGUGAAUAGGCACAUGUGGUACCAUUCCUGUCUGGCCCCUACUAAACCAUGUGUGAAUGUUUCAAGGAAUUUGCUAGUUGUAUUUAGCAUUGCUUUCCAAAAGUUACUCAGACUCCUGGUGAACCUUCACACAAGAUUAAACAAGGAGGAUAAAAAGGGGUUUAACAGCAGAAAUUUAAUUUUACAGGGUUUCAUUUUACUUUCUUUCUUUGGUUUUGUUUUCGGUGUUUUUUUUAAUGGCACCUCUUUUUUUUUUUUUGUUAACCACAGAAAUACACUUCUGUGGAUAUGACUGGUGCUAGGAUAUAUCUGAUUGUCAUUCCAAGGAAUUUUCUCAAAAGUGCAGGCAGAACAUCCACAGGAGAAGAUCAGAGUAAAUUGUUUAGCAUAAUCUCAUGGUCUUAACUGUGAAACUAUGACAUCUGGGCAAACAAUAUUUGUUGUUGAAUGGACUUUUGGUUGGUAUUUAAUUAUUUCUCGUCUGUUUUGAUUUGUAACUGCUUUUGAGUUGCUUUUUUCCUACAAGACAAAGUAUGUUUCCAUGCAUAUUUUGGUUUUGUUUUCAGCCUCAUCAAAUUCCCCAGAUGGAAAGGAGGGUAUGUACAAAGGUCAAAUAUCUGAUGUACUGUAUCACCCACUUCUAAUACCAUCCCUUUUUGUCCUAGGAAAAAUUAAAUCUAGGGAUAAAUUUUAAAAAAUCAUUCCCUUUCUUCCAUCUCCUUCAUAACCUCUUCUUGUCAAUGCUCAAUGCAGAUCGCAGCAGAUAUUGAUAUCUAUAGGGAUGUUGCUAUCAAAAAUGGGGAAAAUAGUUAUCAGGAUACCCUAAUAAAGGAUAAAGAAAGGGAAAACAAAAGUAGCUCCUGUGAGCUCUCCACAUUAUGGGUAGCAGUGGCUUCUGGUAGGGGUCAUGCUCUCACUCCACUAAAAUGACAGAUUUGCACCCUACUGUGACAAAAGAUCCUUGUCUGCAUGGUCACCAUGACAUGUCUUGAUUGUAUAAGCAACAUCAGGAAAAUUAAGUUUUUGUGUAUUUCAGGGGAUUGGUUAUGUUCCAAAUUAACCACAGAAGCUGAGUAAAAUUUGGGUAUAACAGAGGAGGGGGUGACCCAUGUCUCCCCUGCAUUACAUAAAGCCCUUCCCCAGUCUGGUGCAGUCCUACUCCCCCAUCUCUCAUCCUCAGGAGAUACUUAUAACAGGAGCUCUUCAGGGUUUGUAAACAGAUUCUCAAAUUGGUUUUUGGUGAGCAUUGCUGUGGUUGUAGAAAUACAUAUGGCCCAUCCAGCAGAAUUUAUUUUCUUUACCAAUUUUACUGUGAUUUCAAGCAUUCUGCUGGCUACUGCAACUGUCCUGUCAUUUGUUUAUUUAUUUGUUUGAUCAGCUGUUGGGAACCAUUCUGAAAUUGCACAUUGUUACUAUGAUUUUGUAAAAAAAGUGGAGAAAGUAUGCAAGGCACAGAGAAAAUAACACAUUAAAAAACUCUAUGUAUAUUUUUUUUAAAAGGU